CGCGGCUGUCACAGGGCUGCUUGGUUGGUCAGUGGGGAGUCGGCGCCUGCGUACUAAGACCCGUGUGCAGCAGCGGCGGCGGCGGUAGAGGCGGCGGCGGCGGCGGCGGCGGCGGCAGUGGGCUCGGAGGCAGCGGUUGGGCUCGCGGCGAGCGGACGGGGUCGAGUCAGUGCGUUCGCGCGAGUUGGAAUCGUAGCCUCUUAAAAUGGCAGAUGAUUUGGACUUCGAGACAGGAGAUGCAGGGGCCUCAGCCACCUUCCCGAUGCAGUGCUCAGCAUUACGUAAGAAUGGCUUCGUGGUGCUCAAAGGCCGGCCAUGUAAGAUUGUGGAGAUGUCAACUUCUAAGACCGGCAAGCAUGGCCAUGCCAAGGUCCAUCUGGUUGGUAUUGACAUCUUCACUGGGAAGAAAUACGAAGAUAUCUGCCCGUCAACUCAUAAUAUGGAUGUCCCCAACAUCAAAAGGAACGAUUUUCAGCUGAUUGGCAUCCAGGAUGGAUACCUAUCACUCCUCCAAGACAGCGGGGAGGUGCGAGAGGACCUCCGUCUGCCUGAGGGAGACCUUGGCAAGGAGAUUGAGCAGAAAUAUGACUGUGGAGAAGAGAUCCUGAUCACGGUGCUGUCCGCCAUGACAGAGGAGGCGGCUGUUGCAAUCAAGGCCAUGGCAAAAUAACUGGCUCCCAGGGUGGCUGUGGUGGCAGCAGUGAUCCUCCAGCCUGCAGAGGCCCCCUCCCCCAGCCUGGCCCAGCUCUGGCCUGGCCCUUGGCUGGACUCCUCCUACACGAUUUAUUUGACGUUUUAUUUUGGUUUCCCCUACCCCUUCAAUCUGUCGGGGAGCCCCUGCCCUUCACCCUGCUCCCUUGGCCAGGAGUGAGUGCACCAUGGCCUUGGUGAAGCUGCCCUCCUCUUCUCCCCUCGCACUACAACCCUGGUGGGGGAGACGGGGUGGGUGCUGCUUGUGGUUUAGUUUUUUUUUUUUUUUUUUUUUUUAAAAUUCAAUCUGGAAUCAGAAAGCUGUGGAUUCUGGCAAAUGGUCCUUGUGCCCUUCCCCAACUCUUACCUAAUCUGACCCCUUAUUUCCUCCAUAGUCUUCUAUCCCAAGCACCACCCCCACAAACUGGGGACCAGCCCCCUCCCCUGCCUAUGUCUCUCCCCAUCUAAAGAUGGGGAGGGGAAGAGGAGGAGAGGGGAGGGGACAUGCCCCCUCCUCAGGCAUCUGGGAGGGCCCUGCUCCCAUGGGCUUCAUCCUUUCCUGCGGGCUCUCUCCCCGACACAUUUGUUAAAAUCAAACCUGAAUAAAACUACAAGUUUAAUAUGAA